AUGGCGGAAGCAACUCUCUUCUCCAUCGCCGACGCGAUCCUCAACCAGCUAGGCUCCGAAAUCCUACAAGAAGCCGCACUUUUAUGGGGGAUCGGAGACGACGUUCAGAAGCUCACCCGUACACUCUCCACCAUUCGAGCUCUUCUCCUCGACGCAGAGGAGAAAUCCUACUCCCCGGGAAACCACCAGCUCCAGCUCUGA